AUGGACGUCGUCAAUGAGCUCUGGGACACCUUUAUAGGCGACUAUGCCUACGCAUACCUGCUGCCGGCGCGUCCCGCCCCGUACGACUUCCCGGACUCGACCAUAAACUCGACGCAGCAAGUCUUCUCUGCGUGGCGCUAUGAGCCCGCGACCAAGUACCUCCAGGUCCAGCCCAGCCAGUAUGCCUACAUGAGCGCAUGGGACAGGGACAACAUCUACCGCCAGUCGGUCAACUUGUUCCUGAUCACCUGGAUCUUUGGUCUGCUCACCUACUUUGUUUUCGCAACGCUAUCGUACCUGUUCAUCUUCGACAAGGCGACCUUCCAGCACCCGAAAUACCUGAAGAACCAGAUCCGCCUGGAGAUCCGGCAGACCAUGAUCUCCAUGCCCAUCAUGUCGGUGCUGACGCUGCCCUUCUUCCUGGCCGAGGUGCGCGGCUUCACCAAGUGCUACGACACGCCGGACGAGGGCCCCGGGGCGUGGUACAACGUCAUGCAGUUCCCGUUCUUCAUCCUGUUCACCGACUUCUGCAUCUACUGGAUCCACCGGGGGCUGCACCACCCGCUCGUCUACAAGACGCUGCACAAGCCGCACCACAAGUGGAUCAUGCCGACGCCGUACGCGUCGCACGCCUUCCACCCGGUCGACGGCUGGGCGCAGGCGCUGCCGUACCACGUGUACCCGCUGCUGUUCCCGCUGCAGAAGCUGGCGUACGUGGGGCUGUUCAUCUUUGUCAACUUCUGGACCAUCAUGAUCCACGACGGCGAGUACGUGGCCAACAGCCCCGUCAUCAACGGCGCCGCCUGCCACACCAUGCACCACCUGUACUUCAACUACAACUACGGCCAGUACACGACGCUCUGGGACCGCUUCGGCGGCAGCUACCGCAAGCCCAACGACGAGCUGUUCCAGCGCGACACCAAGUUCAGCCAGAAGGAGUGGAAGGCCCAGGUCAAGGAGAUGGAGAAGAUGGUCCUCGAGGUCGAGGGCAAGGACGACCGCCAGUACGACCCGACCGAGGUCAAGAAGAACAAAUAA